UGAGCUACCGCGCAUGUGUCGGAGCGUAUCCAUCAUAUGACCACAGAUGAUCACCACAACCUACAGAAAGUCCAUCCAGGAAGCUGUUUCUACGCCGCGCGCUGAUUCAAGUUUGUUUGUCCUUAGUCCUCGAGCUCAACAUCACAAGCAUCCUGCGAGCUCAGCGAGGCUCGAGCCCGUCAACAAGUGUGUGAUUCACAGCAGGUAUGACACGUUUGACUGGGAUUCAUCUGCUCAUUUGUUAUCCAUAAGAGUAGAAUAUCAUAGGUCACUUGAUUAUCGUCUGAGGUGGAAAACAUCCAUGUGUCCCCAACGCUCCAUCAGACGACCAAAGUCCUCCGAGAGGAAACCUCAGAAAAGCCCUGUGUCAGACGAAGACGUUGUUCAGCGUCGGCUGAAGAAUCAGAGACGGAGGACGUUAGAGAGGAAGGCUGAAGCUGAAGACAGCAGGGUUGAUUCAUAUGACUGGAGGCAGCGCGAUGUCAUCGACGUCAUCAACUGCACUCAUGAUGCCAAACACACUGCCAUGGAGGAGUCAGAAUGGCAGGAGCCCGUAGAGAUAACCGACAAAGGAUUGACUGAAUCAGAUGAUGACUGCGUCUCUGUUUGCAGCAGCAUAGCAUCUGGUCCUUCCCUCCUACACCAUGUCACCCCCAAGAAACUGAGGCUUCCUCAGGACCUGUGCUCAGCUUGUAGGAAGCUCUAUCAGAAGGCCAAGAGAACAAAAACACCAAUCAUAAGCAAACUUCUAGAUAUCGAUCCCAAGUCCCUGACAUGUGACCAGUGGGUCCUGAUCAAAAGCUGGACACCCAGAGGGCUGACCUAUGUGAGCGGGAAACUUUUGUGCCAUGUACAGCUGAAAAAGGAGGCUAAUGUGAGAGUGGGAGAAUCCUCAGGCUGCUCAAGGCCACACGCUUUCCUUCAGAGGAACCUUAGACGGUGUGUCAAAGUUGCCAAGAAAAACCAGAAGAAGAGAAAUGGGAGAAAAAGGAGAAGAGAUAACAGUCAGGGUUCCCGUGCAGCUAAGCAGCAGCGUCUCCACGGCAACAGUCACCGACAGCACUCCAGUCUUCCUAUUAUGAAUGACGAGCCAGGGCUUGAGGGUCUUGGGCCUCAAGAAACCAACAGUCAGUCAAACACCGAUCUGAUGAAGGAGUUGAUUCCCUGCUCUGUGAUCCUGGAAAAAGUCAAGCCAACAGAGAUGACACUAAGACAGAAAAGACUAAACCCAGCCGGUAGAUUCAGAGACCUGCUCACUCAGCUGCAAAGCAACAGGAGCAGGAUUGUCAGAGAGACACGAUAGCUGGUGACACAGGAGUGUUUGUUUGUUUUUUAAAUCUACUGUUAGAAGAAUUCUGGAUUCAGAUGAAGGUUGAUAUUUUGUUUUUUCUGUUUCACCUGGUUACUCUGUUGGGGUCUUAAACCUGGAGUUUAUUGACCAACUACUCAUGCAUUCCCAUGCUUUUCCUUGUUGUUUAGUUGUUCUUGUAUUUUGAAGUAGGAAUUGUUUAAAAUUGUGUACAACGGGACACCUGUGAAUAAAUAUGUUACGUGUUUUUAUUUA